CCGUCAUUCUACACCCACCUCGUCCACCUCACAACUACCUUGCUGCACCGCCCACGAUGGCGACAGAACCGAGAGUAUGGAAACGAGACAGAAAGCUUCGUCUGAGCUACGAAGUGUCACACCGCAUCCACUGCUCCUCCAUCUAUCCCAUCGCAGCCCCGAACGGCUCAACAGUUCUCUUGUAUGGCCAUGAGAAGGGUUUGCGCAUCGUUUGGCGAGGCGGGCGGAGAGUACGAGAGCAGCCACCAAAGUCCUCCCGCGGGCGAGCAAACGGUCUCGGCAGGAGCGAGCAUGCGAUGAUGAUUGACGGCGAUCAAGACGAGUACGAAGGCGAGGAAGACGAGCAAGACUCAGACUGCCCCUACCCUACAAUCACACAGGAUGUCGAUAUCGAAGUGGGCGCCGCCGUCCUUCGCAUCGCCGUGCCUUCCUUCCCCUCGCUGCCUUUCUCACCACUGCUCGACCUCACGAAAAGUCACAUGUUUGUGGCAUUGGCGUACUCCAAUGGCAUGAACACGCUGUUCAAAAUUCCGCUGGCGCCUCCUGCUUCCUACGACAGGGCAGUAUGGGUGGAGAAGGUGAUUGAAGAGGUGGCACUUUCGUCAGAUGGGAGCAUUGCGAAUGAUUUGGCAAUCAAGAUACUGCCAGUGGACGGUGAGCCGCGGGCGGAAGCUCAGGAUCGGCUGAUCGCUGGGCAGGUGUUGGUUGCUAGCACUGCAAAGGCCGUAAACAUCUGGCGAUUAGGGUUAAAGGCGGAUCCUACGGCGAAGCUCGAGACCAGCACAGAUCCCAUCGCCCGCCUAGCCUUGACUGGACGGAAAGUGUCUUUCCACCCCUCUUCGGGAAUCGCCCAACUCUCGAUUACGGACACCUCUGGCGCCGUCCGCAUCUUCGAGCUCCCAGCGCUUGGAACUUCUACUCAACGACCAUCUUCACGCACUUCCAUCACUUCGGCUCACGCCGUGCAUGGUACGGAACGUAGAUGGGUCACAUCUUACUUGACGCCAUUCUUCUCCCCGGAUGGCACCGCUUCGCUUGCGAGACGUAAAAAGAUCUUAGACGCCAAGUGGAUCCUCGGUGGUCGCGCCAUUUUUGCCCUACUCCACGAUGGUGAAUGGGGCAUUUGGAGCUCGACCAGCACAGCAGUGAGCAACAAAAACGUUGAUGAAGACUUCGCUAUCCACGGUUUCCUGGGCACUUCUAGCACUGCAGAGGUCGCAGACGCGGGCAAGCAGAAGAAAGCCGGCUCGAAACUGGCUCCCAUGACACCGAACACGAGGAAAGCAAAGGCCGAGAACCUCUUUAGCGGCUCGCCCAGAACCCCCGGCACUGCAUCGACAGGCGGAAUCUCAAUUGCAUACACCGCGCAUCGAUCUGGACAAGUGGACGAAAGCUUGGUUCUAUGGUACGACGGCGCCAUCUAUUCGAUCCCAAGCGUGCAGGCUUUCUGGCAGCGAAGCACCAACAACAGCAGCGGUAGCGGCUUCGGCUCCCUCUACGCCCCCGGCCUCACGCACAUCACCGACAUCGACCUCAUGAACGAGCACAUCACCUCCAUCUCGCAAUUCGCAUCGAGUGCAGCGCAGACCAGCAGUCUCGGGCAGAUGAACACGCAGCGCGACCUGCUCAUCUCGGCGGAACAUCGCUUCAUCAUUGCGCAGAAUCUCGCGCCACCGACGUCGUCUAGACCACUCUUCUCCGCGCCCGCGCCUACCGAGCUUCCGCCGCCUGCCAGAGACCAACUCAUGCUCGACGCCGGCGAGCUGGAUCUCGGUGGCAUGAAUCGAAUGCUGGAGCACAUGGCGAACGACGCAAAGACGAAACGAGUCGGCUUUGCCUCGUGAUCACUGUUGUUGCCGCAAUCCUACUAUGUUAGCGUCAAGAUACCCUCCCCAGCCAUACUGUGCCGCAAUGGCACAUCUCACUCCCACCUCUCAUUCCCUCAUUUCUCCUCCUCCACA